GCUUAAUGGAUGUAGGGUAGUGUUGAUUUGCAAAGUUUCCGUCACACAUGCGUCAAGUUUUGUUAUUCGAAAAUUACAAUAGUUGUUUACCACGUGGUUCGUGAUCAUUCAGGCAUCUUUCGAUAAGUGAACUCCAAGCUGUUGUUGUGAAAAUACUUAUCAUUUGAAUGAACAGCAGAGAGAAAAAGGACUCACGUUCCUUUAUUUUCUCGUCCUUCGUAGUUGUUUUUGUUGACUCUUCCUUUCAUUGGUAAUAUGAAAACAAUUCUGUGAAUCGGCAAUCUCUAUGAUAACUGUUACGGCCAGUGACGAGGAAUAUGGUGAUUUUAAAUGCGAAUUUCCAGAGAUAUGGUGCAAGGUAUUGUGUUUACAGCUGUUAAUAUGAUUGAAAGGAAUAGGAACAAUUUAAUAAUCUUUUAAUAAUAUCGUUCGUUUCUGGAAGAAUCGAAUGAAGUAUUUUAUUCUAUAUUUCGAUGUGUUAUGCGUAGAGACAAGCACGAAUGAAAGAAAAAUAAUGAGAGCGAUGUAAAAACCAUUUACAAUUAUUUUUGCGAACCACAUUUUCAAAGGCGAGAUAAAAUUAUUUCCACCAAAUUAACUACUGUUAAUAGUAUUAUGUCGUAUCUUCGAACUACUGUGCUCUAAUGUUGAACGAAUUUUUAAGAGCACUAUCAGUACAUCUUUAUAAAAUAAAAUUGUUUGCACAGCAGGAAAUCAAGCUAUCAUUAUUAAUUUUAAUUAAAACCGAGCUCUAAAUUGAAAACUAUCAGUAAUGUGCUAUGUCACAUCUUUCAACUAUUGAACUCUAAUGUAUUCGAAAAAUAUGUUAGCAACAAGGAAAACUAUAAAUGGAAUUCAUUGAUAUCAACGUUGCAAGGAUCGAAGAUAAACUGAUGGAUCAACGGAAGAAUUAAAAGUAUAAUAUCGAUCAACAGAAUUUUCCACGAACAGUGUGAUUCUAUACUCUUAAAGAAGAAUAUCGGAUAAAACUAACAAAAGAAAUAAUCUUUAUUAUCCAGUUGCAUCUUCGUGUUCUUUUGUCGUCGCAUAUCUUUCGACAGAAUAUUUUACUCGUAAUUGAAUACAAUCAAACAAUCAGGCCGCUAUUGUGUAAGAGAAACGUAAUUGUUGCUUUACAUAUAAAACAUAGAAGAGAUAAAGAUGAUUUUUGAGGAAAAUGUGCGCGCAUUUCGAGAAACAACUACGAUGUUAUCAACAAUGCGGUAUCUUUGCUGGCCAUCUGUAUCUUCAAGAAGCCGGAAAAUCGGAGUUCGUAACUUUGGCUUUACGUAACACAGUCUGCGACGUCUAGACUCUUUCAAGGUUAUGCUAUGGCCCGCAGGAAGCGCUGUGUUAAUGUGCCUGGGAUUAUAGUAUCAUAACAAGAGUUCAGAUUAACAGUAGGUAGCUUUCUUUGUAUCAGUCGCAAUACAUACUCGGGGAAGUGAUUUCCGUAUAGAUUCAAGAAUUACCACAAACCGCCAGAGUGAUACAUCAAUCUAUGUAUGUUUAAUAAAAAUAGCGAAUAAUGAGACACGAAUCUGCAAUAUUACUUAUUCUGGUUGAGCUCUAAAGGUCAAGCAAGAACAUUGUAAAACAUGUGAUAGAGUUUGUUAAAAGAAAAUUUGUAUUCGUUUGGCCGUCGCACAUCCUGUGAAAACAAGCAUUCAAGUCUACUUCAUUUUGUGCACGUUAAACACAUUAUGCAUGUUAAAUAAAUGAAAGAAGAAUUCUUAUUCCGCGCGUGUAGGUAUGUAUGAUUUAUGCGCGUUCCACGUUUUCACGUGUAAAAUAAUUGACGCGGAAAAUAUUCUAGUUACACGUGGAAUUCGUAACACGGGAGAUUAUAUUGUAACCUGUUAUUUUCAUUGAAUCACUAGUCGAUUAAAAUCGGAACAUCUCAACCGUUGCAAAACAGUAUAACUUUUAUUGAAAACAUUCCUAACGUUUUAAACGAAGAAAGUAAUUGUUAUUAGGAAAGAAGUGAUUAAAAGAUUUGGAAAAGGAUAUGUGAUAAAGAAUCUCGUGGGCAAUUGUGAGUUAUUGACGUCAAAGUUAUUAUCGCUAGAUAUCGAAAACAAGAAGUUAGAAAGGACAGUGACGAUUAGUUGUUCCCCAAGUGCCAGAAUACGGAUCUACAAUUAUUCAACAUCUGAUAGUACAGCGAUGAGCGUGAAAAUCGUCGUGAGUGUGACGGAGAUUGCAGACAUGAGUUCUAAGGAUCGUUACGUGAUCGAAGGGGUAGCUCUUUCCACGGCCACCGAGGAUGUGGGAGAUGGAAUUCAAGGGCACGAUAAUGACACCGAGUCCUUGCAAUUGUUGUCGCAUCUUGAUCCUCCUGUCGACAGCGUGUACAUGAUAUGUGGCGUAUUGAUCGCUUUGCUAUUAGUCGGCGUUAUCAUCGUUCUCCUUGCUGUAACGAUCAGCAAAUUGCGGAAACGGGAGGAUCAUUCGAAUGCGGUACAUCCGGAAGCGACCGUAGUUCAAACAGCAACAUCGCCAGUCUCGACGAUCGUCGAACCGUCUUAUCCUGGUGAAGGUUGUUGCACGCAGACGUCAGUCACUACCACAUCGACGGAUCUGGGAAACAGCACAGCUGUUGAACAGGAUAACGUCUAUGCUACGGUCAAUCCGGCAGAUCAAUUCGUCUGGCAGUUUCCGCCUCCUUAUCCACCGCCUCAUACACCGACGCAGUAUACGUUGUACAACGACCAGGAUACUCUUGUACACGCAUUACCGUCGGAUAGGCCUGGAUUUGCAAAGGGCUUCCGUAAGAAUAUCGGGGGACGCUGGCGUCGCUUAGUGAAAAGGAAGCCGGAGACGGAGACUUGUGCCAUUCCUCCUGAACUGAAGGAUCAACUAAAAACAAUUUACGUCUAUUGACGAUCAGCGUUAAUGCGCCGUUGUCUAUAUUUUUACAAACCUUCCUCGGUAAUCGAUGCUUUCCUCUAUGUAAGAUAAUAAUUAUAUCAAGAAAGAUAAAGAUGACACGAGUUAUGAAGGCAAAAGGAAACGAACGCGCAAGGGGAUAGUUCAUAAAAAAAAAGACAAGUGAAAAAUGUAUUCAUUUAUGUAAGUGAAAACGUUUAGUGAGAAAUUUCGAAAGGAAUUGUAAAACAAAACAGAAAUUUAUUGUUCAUAGCCCUCGCGAAACAUAUCAAAAAGUGCCUAAAGAUACGUUUUCGGACACAUUAAAGAUAUACAUACGUAUAGAAACAAAAUGACCCUCUUCUGAUGUUGAAUAUUCCUGUGAAAAACAGCAUUGGGAUAACGAUAGCCUGAAUUAUAAUUGCAUAAAAUAAUGUUAGCAAUAUUUACAGAGAUAUAUAGAGAGAAAAAAAUUUUAUUGUCAUAGGUUUUGUGAUGUUUUAUCGUUGGGUAUUUUAAUAAGAUGCCAUGAAUCGAAACGAAGGAAAAGUUUGAAACAACUGUCCCGCGUAUUUAAUUGUUCGGCUAUGCGAAAGAUUUAAAAAUCACUGGGCUUUGACACAUAGGACAAUGGCGUCAAGAACUCUAUGAGACUGAACGUAAAGAGUACGACAACACGAGUUACCUCGUAGCUUUUCUUGAAUACGUUUUUUCAUGAAUAAUGCAACAAAUUCAUUUCAAAUCACUAGUAUUAACGUAUACCUGAAAUUUUAUAACCUUCAGACUUGCCAAAACUUUUUCUUCUACAUCCUAUUUGGCAGCUCUGUUGUUACAUGUAAAUAGAUGUAUAAAGCAGUGAAAGUAUGAAACUACUUUUAAUUCUUAUAAUGGCCGAUCGUUAAAGUAAGAACCUGAAAUUUCCUUCGUACAUACAAUUUGGGGAGUUUAAUAUGUUACACAGGAAAAGAGCAGGGUACGAAAGAAUGCUAGUAAAAAGAAAUUACACCCAAUCAGAAUUAUUCCCUGAUCUUCAAAAAUGGGAGUUACGCAGCAUUUUGUUGUAUACUUGUAACAUAGGCCAAUUUAAGAUUCUUAAUAUCAUUCGACAGCUCAUAUUGAGCUCAAACUAUAUACUAAUAUGGUAUUUUAAUUGUAUUGUUGUAUCAAGCAAUACUUUGUCUUUGAGAUAUGGUCAAAAUUUAAUCGAUAAUAAUUUAAACAAACAAGAGAAUUCUAUGUAUAACGUCGUGCCACGCUUUAAAUUUUAGUAAAGCUAUUUGAUUUUAUGUUGGAUGUAUUUUCUGCACUUCCAGUUUUAAUUGAUAGUAAAAUUGAUAAUUUAUAAUUCUGAGUGAAGCAGACAGAAAUAACAUAUGGUAAACAUAUUUAAAAGAAAGGAAAAAAUGCAUUACUUUCCAGUAAGCGCCAAUGUUCCUUUACGGCUCGACCUUUUAAUUCCUUAUCGUAACUUUUUAGAAUGUAAAUAAUAUUAUUGCAUUGUUUGUUUAUCAUGAAUGUGAUGGCAUAAUGUUUGAACGUGAUGCGGAUAGUUUAAGAAUCAAUAACGUGCCUACGAUUUUUAUAAACGAUGAAAUACUGAUGGAAAUGAAUCCGUCACCUAGUCACUUGAUAAUUAUUGUUCAAAACUUGUAUUGUAAACUUUUUGCCGCAGCUUGGAUCUUUCCUCGUGAAAAUCUGUCUGAAUACAACAAUAUCAAAUAAAGUAUUCUAAAAGAUA